AGCCACACUGCUGCACAAGGUGUGGGAAGAGCUUCAGGCAGCCCUCCAGCCUGGCCAGGCACAGGUGCAUGCACACACGGGAGAAGUCACAUCAUUGCUCUGUGUGUGGGAAGAGCUUCAUCUCCUCUUCCAAGCUGGCCCAACACCAGGUUGUCCACACAGGAGAGAAGCCACAUCAGUGCUCUGUGUGUGGGAAGAGCUUUACCCGGUCCUCCUCCCUGACCCGGCAUCAGCGCAUCCACACAGGGGAGAAGCCGUAUCAGUGCUCUGAGUGUGGCAAGAGCUUCACCCAAUCCUCCUACCUGGCCCAGCACCUGCAUGUCCACACAGGGGAGAAACCAUAUCAGUGCUCUGAGUGUGGGAAGACUUUCAGCAACCUCUCCAGCCUGACCCGGCACCAGCGCAUGCACAAAGGGGAGAAGCCAUAUCAGUGCUCUGAGUGUGGGAAGAGCUUCUCUCAAUCGUCCUCCCUGGCCAAGCACCAGCGCAUUCACACAGGGGAGAAGACACAUCAAUGCUCAGGACCCAGAGCUGGGUGAGCCAGCAUCACAGUGUGAGCAACCCUGGGCAAGCGACUGUCAACUGGCUCAACAGGUGCCCCAAGCCAGCCCCGUCUGCCCUGUUCCUGCCCUCACCCACCACAGCCACCCAUCUGCACCACGGAGGUGACUGGGGGAGUGGGGGGCAGUCUGUGCAUGGUGCCGACUCCAGGGGGGCGUCUCCCCCACUUGGGAGAGACG